GAAAUUCCCUCCUCACAGCGUGGUUGCUGAGUACCGGGCGCUGCUAGAAGUUUUAGCUGGUAUUUUUCUCGUUUGUCAGGAUUAAACGUUAAGUGCCACCUGGUUUGCUUACAGCUCCAAGUAUCAUGAGGCUGCAGGCUAGGCCAGGGAAGCUGAGUUCUAGAGCCGUAGCUUCUGCCCUCUCGUUGAUGCAUUCUCCAAACAAAUUUUAAGAGGAAAUUGUCACAGAUCCGGGGGCCUCUCCCUGGAGGGAUCCAGCGGAGACACGGAGCCAGAGAGCGAGUGGCCAGCCGGCAGCCAUGAAUGAAUGGAUGAAGAAAGGCCCCUUAGAAUGGCAAGAUUACACUUAUAAAGAAGUCAGAGUGACAGCCAAUGAGAAGGAGUAUAAAGGAUGGGUUUUAACCACAGACCCAGUCUCUGCCAAUAUUGUCCUCGUGAACUUCCUUGAAGAUGGCAGCAUGUCUGUGACCGGAAUUAUGGGACAUGCUGUGCAGACUGUUGAAACUAUGAAUGAAGGGGACCAUAGAGUGAGAGAGAAGCUGAUGCAUUUGUUCACGUCUGGAGACUGCGAGGCAUACAGCCCUGAGGAUCUGGAAAAGAGAAAGAACAGCUUAAAGAAAUGGCUUGAGAAGAACCACAUCCCCAUCACUGAACAGGGAGAUUCACGAAGAACUCUCUGUGUGGCUGGGGUCCUGACUAUAGACCCACCAUAUGGUCCAGAAAAUUGCAGCAGUUCUAAUGAGAUUAUUCUGUCCCGUGUUCAGGAUCUUAUUCAAGGACAUCUUGCAGCUUCCCAAUGAGACACCAAGAACUAUGGAUGCACUGAUUACAAAAAGACUUCAUUUUUGUUUUUCCUUCAUAAAAUGUUUUGAAUGU